UUUGUCUGCACUGUCUCUUUAAGUCAUCCUUUUUAAUCCACAAGCAGAGGGUUCAAAAUGAAGACAGCGGCCCCUAAUUACGUCACGCCCCCUUGGCUUUUUUCCCCCCCUCUUCUCCUUAUUUUAGCAUAAACGUACGCUGGCCUCUUUACAACGUACCAGUUGAUUCCCAUUGAAAGCGAAGCGCGGCUUGUCCAAAAAAAAAGAAAAAAAAAAAAGACGAAGCCCAGGACACGUUGACCAGCCCGGAGCGGCAGCAGCAGCAGCGGCAGAAGCGGCAGCGGCGGAGAAGAAGAAGGAGGAGAAGAAGAAGAGACGGCAACCUCUCUUCAUAUAGGAUAAUAUUCUUUUUAUUCAACCUUUUAUCUUCGCUGGAAUAACUUACCUUCGUGUGCCGGUGUGUCGGGAGUCAGCUGCUCUAACUCAUGAAGCGGUACAGAGACGUUACAUAAGGCGAAUAACGGACCGAGAUGAGACGUUACAGCGCAGCGGCACAGUAAUCGCAUGUGCUGCCUGCCUGGGCUUGGCGCUUGAAAGCAAGGGCGACACAAACGUCGGACCUCUCACGCUGAAUUCAUCCAUGUAUGUGAGCUCCAUCACGUUUUGGGGUUAAUUUAUUCAAGUAGCUAGCUUAGCUCGGAAGCCGCAGCCAAUGCUGGUCCAUUCACUAUUGUGUGCGUUUGAUUUAACUUAGCUAGGCGGCUAACCUAAACCAGGACGCGCUGCUGCUGCUGCUGCUGCUGCCGCUGAUGAGCCCGUGUGCGUAGCGGAAUGAUGAUCAGAAGAAACCUCCAGCAGACAGGCGCUUAUGGCUCACAUUAAUUGUCAAAACCAUAUGUGAUAAUUGGUUUGUGUGAUUGUUAGAUAGAGCCUCACAGCCGGCGUGGUUGUUGAAACCCGGUGGGCCCUGCUAUCAUUCAUAAAACUGUCCUGGACGCGAAGAAUGGGCCCGUGUCUUAAUUUGGAAAACAAAGAAUUAGGCUACUGAAGAGGGUAAGCUGGUUAGAUAAGCUUGUUUUAUCGUUUUUAGGUGAGCUAGCAAGCUGGUUUACGGAUUAGACACACAGUCUGGACUGUACCGCUCCCUGCGCUCCCUCUGCCCCUCAAUUGGAGUAUUUUUUUCAUCCUCCGGUUUCCACGUUUUUGUUCUCCCUGCUCCGCACCACGAUGAGCAGCCACACAGGGGACAACGGGCCGGUGGAAGUGGAGCCCAUGCCGGGAUACUUGGACCUCAUCACCAGAGCCACCACCGUCAUGCUGGGCGCAUGGAGAGACUGUACUUCUUGCGGUCUGGAGCUCUCCAAACGGACUCUCCUGGAUAACGCGUAUAUUACCUGGACCGAAAUCGCCCUGUUUUUCUUUUGCGCCUUUUUGUGGACGCAAGUCAGGCGGGGACUGACAGACAGUCUGUUUCAGCCUCUAGGACAGUGGUGCAGGCUGCUGCCCAAAGAUGCUGCCAAGAUGCCGGAAAGCGCGUGGAAGCUGGUCUUCUACACCAUGUCGUGGUCAUACAGCACCUACCUACUCUUCUUCACCUCCUACUCCUUUUUCCAUGACCCGCCCUCUGUCUUCUACAACUGGAAGAGUGGUAUGUCAGUGCCUGCAGACAUCGCCAUAGCCUACCUGAUCCAGGGCAGCUUCUACGGCCACUCCAUUUACGCUACGGUCUACAUGGACGCGUGGAGGAAGGACUCCGCUGUCAUGGUGGUGCACCACAUCAUCACACUGGCACUCAUUAUCUUCUCCUACGCCUUCAGAUACCACAACGUAGGGAUUCUGGUGUUGUUCCUCCACGACAUCAACGACAUCCAGCUGGAGUUCACAAAGCUCAACAUCUACCUUAAGUCCAGAGGAGGAGGCUAUCACCUACUCAACGACGUGCUGUCCAACAUGGGCUCCGUCAGCUUCAGCAUCACCUGGUUCUGGUUCCGUCUCUACUGGUUCCCUCUCAAGGUGCUGUAUGCCACAUGUGUGUCCAGCCUUCAGUCCGUCCCCAACAUUCCCUUCUACUUCUUCUUCAAUGCUCUCCUACUGGCGCUGCUACUCAUGAACAUCUACUGGUUCUUGUUCAUCGUGGUUUUCGUAGUGAAGGUGCUAAAGGUUAAGGAGGUGAACGACGUCAGAGAGUACGAGGACGAGGACGGCGACAAGGCGGCAGCCAGCCUGCUCAAAGAACCUAAGGCAGAAAACAACGAUGAUGAUGCUGGACAUCACAAUGCUGCUGAGGGGAAGCACGUGCAGAACGGGAUCACCAAGGAGAAGCAUCUAUAACAGGCUCUCCGUCGCCACCACCUGGCACUAGGCAACAAGUACAAGCAAGACAAGACGCCCUCCUUGGACGGCUCACGCUGAAAAAAACGUGGCUGGAGAAGGGAAGAGUGUCACAAGAAGUAAAAAAAAAAAAAAAAAAAAGGAAGGAAAAUAGCGAGUUAGGCUGCAAUGAGUUUUUACUCUUUUUAUUUGUUUUAGAACAUUUCAUUUCAUCGCUGUCGUUUCUGUUUUGUUUUUAUUAGAGCACUGUGAAUGUUAUUUCAGGUGACUUUUUGUCUUAUCGUUGCUAAUUUUACAUUUGAUAGAUUAAUAGAAACAAAAAUCAGUUUAAGUGAGAGGUGGACUGUGAUUGUCACGUACAGUAGUACAGGGUGUCAUAAUCACCACCGUCAACCUGAACAGCAGACAAGGAACAGGUUCAUAUAGGCCUGUCAUGGCUCUGUAGACAUUUAGACCCACUGUAACCUUUAGCAAAAAGCAAUAUGCUAAUUCCUUAGAGGUGAUCAGUGAUAGAAUGAAUUCCUCUUGUCCUUUAACCUCCGUCCAUCCCCUCUGACUCCAGACGUGAAAAGGCUAAAAAUCAUGAUUCAGACGGGAAACACUGCGUGGUUCUCUCAAUAUCAUUUCCCAUGGCUGCAGUGAUGCAGCAGAGCCCGCCUGGCGUUGUGUGCUGCCGUUUCACCACAUGUAUUGAUUUCCAUAUCAUUGCACAAGUCAGCGAUGGCGAUCGCACAGCUCCGGCGUCCAUCAUUUUGAAGUGAAAAGCCACAUCGGUGUGUGUAGGUAUGUGCGUGUGUUUGGUGUUUCAGGAUGGAUGUAGCUGAAUCUUUUAAACUCAAAACCAUUCACAACAUUUCACCUCUGAGUUUAUUUCUCUCUUUGACAUUUUAUCUCUUGUACUGAUGAUCAACAGGCAUUGGGAAUAUUUAAUUGUUUGGAAAAAGCUUUUUUGUUUUUUUGUUUUCUCGUCUUUCCUACAUGUAUGUUGCGAAGCAUCUGUUGCUGCACUGACAUGAAGGCAUACAAGCUGGUUGCUGGUUUAAUGACAGCAAAUAGCUAGAAUUGAUUGACUGGGUUUCAUCCUCAUCAUUUGAUUUGUUUAAACAAUAUGGAUUUGACUUACAUUUAUAACCAGUUUGUGGGUGGUGGCGGCUAUCAGGUUCACAUGAAAUUGGAACAAUAGCCCAGAACUUGUGUAAAGAUAAAAAUCAGUAUGAUAAAAAAAACAUUAUGUAUGCACAUUAUGGUAUUCAGGAAUGCAUGACAUCGAAUGAUUUUGGAAAUAUGCUAUGAAAUUGUCUUACAAACAACGAAGAAAAAAAUCCUCUAGCUAUGUAAUCAUAAUGUCUUUAUUAAUGUCUAAGAAUCAUCUGAAAAGUGAUCUUUCGUUGAAGCAGCGGUGACCACUCAACACACAUCACACUGGCUGACAAACACAUACAAACCAGUGUGUGAUAAACCCUCAUGUGGCGUCUAAAUGUGGGUAUUUUAAGAUACACACAAGAUGAAUUUUGUCCCAGAAAUCCCACAUAUGGGAAGCGUUUUGAUGUCAUCUGUAAUUUGAACAUGUUAAAUUAAACCACAGGAAAGGGUUUCCCUGGGUACCCGCUGGUUUACUGUGUGUGUGUUAGUGGACACACAGCUGCCGCACCUGCAGAAAAUAAGGGAAUAAGGGAUAUUUCUAUUCUUCCUACCUUCUCGAUCAAAUUCAAGCUCUUGUUUCGAUGAACAGCAUGCUUGUGCUGCUGGAGCGGGCCGCAGAUGUUGUGCUGUUUUCUGUUUGUCUUCCACAACCCCCACAUGAGCAUGUGGGGAAAGGUUAAAACUAACUUUUAAUUUUACGUUAAACUAUCACUAUUAUUGCUGUAGUUCAGGUUAUCAUUGAUGAUUUUGUUGUUGUUUUUUUGGAAUUGCUGCUGUUUUAUUUUUCCUCUGAGAGCACUGUUGGUAUUCCAGGUUUUUUUUUUUUUUUCUGCUACAUACGAGUCGGUGAUCGUCUGCUCAGAUCAGAUAAUUUCCAGGGAGAGUUGGAUUAAGUCUCAGAUCUCUGCCCUUUUUUUAUCUGUAUGCUGGCUUACACUCAUCUUACUGUAGUCAUUAUACACCUGUACUGUAAAGUGACAUGCUUUAUCAGACAUGUCACUGUGUGUAAUAUAUCAGACAUUCAGAGUCCUGUGGCUGACUGGUUUUACUAGCAUGGUGUUCUGGCAGGAAGUGACCUCUCAGGUCUUAACUGCUCAACUGUGAGACUAUAUGAUCCAUAGUUUGCUGAUAUGUUUUUGACACGAUGGCAAGUGACAGGAGUGAAGUUUGCAGUAAACCCACAAAGACCUGUGAUCUGGAUCUGGUCGUCCGGUAUGGUACUGUGUGCGAACGGUGCACCUUCAAUCUCUCCCCCACUGCGUCAUACUACAAACCGUCCUGUGAUGUGACGUAUGAACAAGUAACUACUACUAGGGGUGGGCGAUAUGACAGAAUAUUAAUUUGCUGUACUGUUUACACCGUGAUGUCAAUGCUGUAAAUCAAUGAACUGUUAAUGGAAAUAUUGGAUUUUUUAAUCUAUUUUAUGUCUUUUCAGGCAUUUAAUUUGAUACAAUAGUUCAAAGUUAAUUAAAUCAUCAUGUGUGUUUGUAUGAUAUGAAAUAACUUCAGAUUCUACCCAUGUCGCCCACCCCUGACCUCUACCCAGAUGUGAUGAACUAUCAAAAAUUGAAGGAAAAACAAACAUUUUUAAAAUGUCAAUUAAUUUGUCUUUUAUUGUGGAUUUGGCUGAUUAUUAUUUAAACAUCCGACAUGCCGGACAUGUGUUGCAUGUGUGGCUCAGUUCAGUCAGACAACUUUUAAUGCACAGCGCUGAUGUUUAAUGACCUUGAGAUCAGGGAGUGAGGAUGAAAUGAUGAAGCUGUGUUUGUAAAGCAUCAAAAGGGUCGUCACUUCCUGUUUGCAUACACUUAAAUCAGAGGGUUAGGAAGUGGCGAUAAAAAGAUGAAGCAGUGUUUGCGGUAAGGCAGCCCUAUCUGUGCUGCUGCUUCACUGGUCAGUUUGUAAAGGCUGCUUUGGAUUUGUGUUGUAGUGAUGUGAUAGCAUGUCUAGGCUCGAACCGUAUCACUGGUUUUCAAACAUUACGAUCUAUACAAAGAAAUUUAGGGAGUCAUGAUAAAAGAAGCAGUUGAGCAAGAACACUGCAGAAGCAGUAUUGUAACAACUACUUGGCGUCUAGUCUCUGACCUCAUAGCUCCCUGUAUGUAUACAUUAAGAUCAGGGACUGACAAUAAAAGGAGCAGUGUUUAUAAUCUGAGCUAAGACAUUUCACAGGCUGCAGUGGAUUUGUGUUGCAGUGAGUACAGUACCGUAAAACUUCCAAUUAGUAGCCCAAGCUAUUAUUUGCUUAAAUCACUUAACUCAACAGGCCUAUAUUUGGGACAGAAGGAAUAAAGGAAUAUAAAUAGCUUACAGGGUAAUCAAGGAAUGGACACAUACUCAGAGGAAGGGACUUGUAUUUGUCGUCAUAUCCCUAAAUUUAAAUAAAUUAUGGUCUCUGGCAAUCACGGUUUUAGUAAAAUGAAAUGAACCGAGCUAACGAUGUGUAGCAUCUCCAUAUUGACAAAAGUUUAAACAUUUCUAUUUCUAUGCAUGAUCUAAACAGCUAAGUGUUACCUUAGCAAUUUGGUUUUAUAUGCCAGAAGAGCUUCUGUAACAAUGAACAGCUUAGCAACCAGACCAGGCCUCUAAUUGAGACAGGCUUUUAUUUGUCAAAAUGUGUAGCCACACCAGGCUAGUAAAAGAGACUGGGCGUUUAAUUAGGCUUUUAAAUGAAGUCUUAUGGUAUAAUAUAAUAAUUGAUGUCUAGUCUUUGACCUCAUCACUCCCUGUUUCCAUACAUUACAAUCAGUACAAAGAAAUUUAAGGAGUGAUGAUAAAAAACGAUUGAUAAAUUGAGCAAGAAAAAUUAGAAAGGCUGCAGUAGAUCUGUAUUGCAACGAUUAGGAGUAUGAUGUAAUAACUGGCAUCUAUUCUCUGACCUCAUCGCUCCCUGUUUGCAUUAAGAUCAGGGAGUGACGAUGGAGUGAGCAGUGUUUACAGGCUGAGCAGUGACAGAUGUUUUGCACUGAAUAUGUGGAGUUGUCUGCCUGAACUGGCUCGCACGCUUCGCCUCCAUUAUGACACAAAGUCACGAUUGUGCCAAAAUGUCCACCCAAAUUGCGAGGCGAGUGUUUGUGGGAGCUGGCGACAAGCGACGAGGAGAGCUAGUAGAGAAUGAAGGGCUGAGAAAGCCCUGCAGGUAUUUCUUAUAAAUUGCACUGUAAUUUAUUAGUAUUAUUUUUAUUGUUCAUUCGUAGAUCAAAAUUAGAAAAGGGAAGGGAGAAUUUGGGGAUUUUUAUGACUUUCUGGAAAGAAUCAGUACCUAAACCUCUUGUUAAUUUAACGCUACAUGUUUUUCUGGACCAUUGAUACACUGUAAUUGAUACAAAUUGCCCCCCCCCCCCCCCCUUUUUUUUUUUUUGUCCGAGCUCAAUUUGACCACUUUCUAAAUCUAACCACUUGAUAAAGACACAUACUUGCUCUUUUGUAAUGCAAUUUUAAUACCAUUCAGCCAAUGUUAUCAUUUUUUCCCAUAAAAUAAAGACAUGUCAGUAAACAAGA